AUGCCAUUGGCACAGUUUGGAGCAGACCCUUGGCAGAAAAUGGCAUUGGGCAAUUCGGAAACCGAGGUAAAUAGGCAUGCCAAUGAAUGACCUAUGGCCACCGUAGCUGUCAUUUGUAAUCAAUGAUUGCCGCGGUCUCUUGUGAAUUGACGUCCUCCCUAGAGUUUGUGGGACAGCAACUUCGUUUUAGUUUCGCACAAACGGAUUUUAAAACUUAAACGAUUAACAAAAGGACAGCAUUGUGAUCUUAAGCUGUCUUAUUUUCUCAAGUGCAGGUUGCUACAUUGUAACAAGCCAGUGGAGGCUGCUGAGGGGAGGACGGCUCAUAAUAAUGGCUGGAAUGGCAUCAAGCACAUGGAAACCAUGUAUUUGAUAAAAUUCCACUCCAGGCAUUACCAUGAGCCCGUCCUCACCAGUUAAGGUGCCAGCAACCUCCUUUGGUAAAAACAGACCUUUGUUGCCCGAAGGAAGCUGUGGUGGGUAAAAAGGGAUGUAGCUAAGUUGGUAGAGAAUGGCGUUUGCAACACCAGGGUUGUGGGUUCAAUUCCCACGGGGGGCCAGUAUGAAAAAUAAAAUAAUGUAUGCACUCACUAACUGUAAGUCGCUCUGGAUAAGAGCGUCUGCUAAAUGACUAAAAUGUAAAUGUAAAAAAACGAAUCGCAAUACACUGAGUGCACAAAACAUUAGGAACACCUGCUCUUUCCAUGAGACUGACCAGGUGAAUGCUACGAUUCCUUAUUGAUGUCACUUGUUAAAUCCACUUCAAUCAGUGUAGGUGAACCAUAAGACAAUUGAGACAUAGAUUGUGUAUGUGUGCCAUUCAGAGGGUGAAUUGGCAAGACAAAAUAUUUAAGUGCCUUUGAAUGGGGGUAUGGUAGUAGGUGCCAGGCGCACCAGUUUCAGUGUGUCAAGAACUGCAACGCUACUGGGUUUUUCACGCUCAACAGUUUCCUGUGUCUAUCAAGAAUGGUCCACCACCCAAAGGACAUCCAGCUAAACUUGACACAACUGUGGGAAGCAUUGGAGUCAACAUGGGCCAGCAUCCCUGUGGAAUGCUUUUGACACCAUGUAGUCCAUGCUGAUGAAUUGAGGCUGUUCUGAGGGCAAAAGGGGGUGCAGCUCAAUUAGGAAGUUGUUCGUGUUCCUAAUGUUUUGGACACUCAGUGUAUGAAUCAUAGCUACUCACUCACUAGCUGCUGGGCUGGCUGGCCUUUGGGCUACUCACUCACUACAGGGAACAUGCUAUGUUUAUUGGACAAGUUCUAACGUGUAAACAAGGCCUAUUAAUUAAUACAGUUAUAUUUCUAUAUGUUUUAUAAUCAACUGAACAAUUGAAGCAUAUUUAGACCGUGUCAAAAAAUACCAGCCAAUCUCAAUUGUGUGUACGUUUUUAUUAAAUUUGUAUUAACAAUAAUAAAUCAAUACAAAGGUACAUGGGGAACACAAGUAUACAGAAAUAGUAUACAAAUUACAAUGGGGCUAGGGGGUACAAUAACACAUUACACAAGGACCUUAAGGGAUAGAGAGAGAUUAUAACUUAUGUGUUGUACAGGUCAUGGAUGACUCCAUGGGGGAUGAUGACGAUACUGCAUGCAGUGUAAGUAAAAAAAAAAAAUUAAUAUAAUCUCACCUUCUGUCUUCUCCCUGACUGUCUAAUUUCCACAGUUGGUGUGUGCAUAUGUGUUUAUGUUCUGUUUUCUCUCUGUCUUCUCUCUGUCCCUCUUCCCUCCUCUCUCUCUCUCACACACUCACUCACUCACUCACUCACUGAAACACCUACAUUCAGGCACUCCACAAUAAUGCUGAGUACUAUGUAUUAAUAUGGCGUAGUGGUGGAGUCGGUGGGAGUAAAGGGCGGAGUAAAGGGCGAGCAAAAUGGGUAGCGAAGAUGAGGGGGUAGCGAAAGAGCGUGAGAGCGACUGUGAAAGAGAGAGGGAGCAUUCUGUGUCUUUAGUCAUCCUCCUCCACACCUCCUCUGAUGCAAUGGGAGGGGGUGUUGGCGGCAUGGCAACCAGUUGCAAGCUGUCAGUCAGGAGCUCUCUCUCUCCCGGCUGAUCAGAGUGCAGCGCAGUCUCCCGCACCGCAUCCUCUCGGCCACUGACACAGGGAGAGGGGCUCUGCUGGUCCAGCACAGGCAUGGGGGAUUUGGCCUCCGCUUGGGCAGAACACGGGCCAAAGAAGGACUUCACUGAAAGCUGGUGUGCUGUAUGUGGGUCUGGUUUGGUGUUGUGUUUGGGUGGGAAAGCAUGGGAGUUUAUUUCUCCAUCCUCCCACAGUAUCUUAUUAAGUGCAGAGAAAAGACGCUGAGUAUGCGGUCUCUUUCUUAGUAGGGUUUUACAUCAAAGGUUGUGAAUGUAUUUUAUUAGAUUCAUUCUAUUGCCUUGUAUAUUUGCUUAUUCUUUGCAUGUCUCGUGUGUUUGUUUUCGUACUUGCAUGUGCAUUUGUUUAUAGAAUGGCUGUGUAUUGUUGUACUUUUCCCACAUUGCUGUGCUGUGUAUUUGGUGCGUGCCUGGCUUUGGCUUGACUGCGUCUCUUUUCUUUCACAGGAUGAGGGCUUUGUGAAUGAGAUCAGUAUAACACAUCAUGUUAAAGAGGGCUCUGAAAGGGCUGAUCGUCGGCAGUUUGAGCUGCGCAAGGUCCUGGGACAGGGCUCCUUUGGGAAGGUAAAUGAUUGUGAGGUUGACAUUUGUAGACGCAGUGGUCGGAAUUUGUAUUUGUUCUUAAUGUUGAUAUUAUUCAUAUGAAUAAUGGUUGGAAGUAUGAUCAUACAUCUCUGAACUGAUUUGUGUCUCUGUCUAUCGAUGUUCAGGUGUUCCUUGUGAAGAAAAUAACAGGGCCUGAUGCUGGACAGCUCUAUGCUAUGAAGGUGCUGAAAAAGGCCACAUUGAAAGGUACAUUAGUCUGCACUGAUUUGUGUGAAUUUGUUUAUUUUGAAUAUCUUGCUUGCACUGGGUUUAGAGCUACUUUACAACUACAGUAUAUAUAUAUAUAUAUUUCUUGUUGAAUUCUAUACAGCCGUGUUUUACUUAUUAUUAUUAUUAUUAUUAAUAUCACGUAUCACCAGUGCGAGAUAGGGUCCGGACCAAGAUGGAGCGAGACAUUCUGGUGGAGGUGAACCAUCCUUUUGUCGUCCGACUACAUUACGGUGAGUUAUCAGACAUCUGACUGACCUGCCAUAUUUUUUCUAACGUCUGAGAUGAUCAAAACUUACAGAUGAGUUUUGAGUUGAACAUGUACCCAUGAUUCUUCGCAGCAUUCCAGACAGAAGGGAAGCUGUACCUGAUUCUGGACUUCCUCAGGGGUGGAGAUUUAUUCACGCGGCUGUCCAAAGAGGUGAACAAAAUGUUAAUGCUGAGGGGGGUUGUUUUACACUGAACAAAAAUAUAAACGCAAUAUGUAAAGUGUUGGUUUCAUGAGCUGAAAUGAAAGAUCCCAGAAAAUGUUCAUACGCACAAAAAGCUUAUUUCUCUCAAUUGUUUUGUCACACAACACAAUGCCAAAGAUGUCUCAAGUUAAGGGAGCGUGCAAUUGGCAUGCUGACUGCAGGAAUGUCCACCAGAGCUGUUGCCAGAGAAUUGAAUGUUCAUUUCUCUACCAUAAGCCGCCUCCAACGUCAUUUUAGAGAAUAUGGCAGUACGUCCAACCGGCCUCACAACCGCAGACCACGUGUAACCACACCAACCCUGGACCUCCACAUCCGACUUCUUCACCUGCGGGAUCGUCUGAGGGGGGAGGGGGGGUACUGAGGAGUAUUUCUGUCUGUAAUAAAGCCCUUUUGUGGUAAAAAACGAAUUAUGAUUGGCUGGGCCUGGCUCCCCAGAGGGUGGGCCUAUGCCCUCCCAGGCCCAGUCAUGGCUGUGCCCUUGCACAAUCAUGUGAAAUUCAUAGAUUAGGGCCUAAUGAAUUUAUUUCAAUUGACUUAUUUCCUUAUAUGAACUGUAGCUCAGUAAAAUCUUUUAAAUUGUUGGAUGUUGUUUUAUAUUUUUGUUCAGUAUAUUUAAAAAAAGGACAAUUAUUGAAUAAUUGCUGUGUGUUGUGUGUUCUUUUAACCAGUCUCUGUCUCCAUACUCCCAGGUGAUGUUCACAGAGGAGGAUGUGAAGUUCUACCUGGCAGAGCUGGCUCUGGCCCUGGACCAUCUGCAUGGCCUGGGAAUCAUCUACAGAGACCUGAAACCUGAGAAGUACCUAUUACACUAAUGCUAUAAACAUUGCUUAUUCACAUUAGGUACUUGUUUCUCUUCCAAUCAGCAACCUGGAAAAUACUUGUGUAUUCUUUAUAUUUAAAUCUAAUGUUAUUUUGAGUGAAAUCUAUUUUGAGCUUAGAAGACCAUGUUACAUGCUGUCUAUUUAAUGUAUGAGUUUCUGCUGGGGGAUGUUGUUUUCCUCUCUGACUGAGAUCACUCUGUCCUUUCAGCAUUCUGUUAGAUGAGGAGGGACAUAUCAAACUCACUGGUGAGUAAUGCUUUCAUAUUUCAUAUUCACAUUCAGCCUGACUCAGCCACCAAGCAGAAUAGGAAAGCAUUGUUAGUCUUAUUAAUGCAUUUGCAUGUAAUUUUAGGAGCCCUCAGUUUGCCUAUGUACCAUUUCUGCUUGAUUAUGAAUAGAAUUUAAACACAAGCUCAUUUUCAGCUCGACUCAUUUUGCUGCUUUGUUUGUUCCAGACUUCGGCCUGAGUAAAGAGUCCAUUGAUCAUGACAACAAGGCCUACUCUUUCUGUGGAACAGUGGAGUACAUGGCACCAGAGGUCGUGAACCUCCGAGGACACACCCUUAGCGCUGACUGGUGGUCCUAUGGCGUGCUCAUGGUGAAUGCUGUAGCUCUUUAACCUUUUAUUACUCUGAGAUGUGUUCAAAUAUCUGACUGGUAUCAAGUGUCUUCAUAUCUGCCUAGAUGGGCCAAUGUGUCCAAUGGCUGACAGUACCACUGAGUGGACAUGGGAAUAAAACUGUUUUCAUCUUCCCCAGUUUGAGAUGCUGACUGGAACACUGCCUUUCCAAGGGAAGGAUCGGAAGGAAACCAUGACAAUGAUACUGAAGUGUGUCCUACUCAACAUGUCCCGUUCUCUAGUACCAGUUUUACCAGGCUGUUUAAAUUGUUAUCCAUAAUUUGUUCUUAAUCUACCAUAGUAAUUUUUUUGUUUGCAUUGCAGGGCCAAGCUGGGAAUGCCACAGUUCCUGAGUCAAGAGGCCCAGUCUCUCCUACGUAACCUGUUCAAACGCAACCCAGGCAACAGACUAGGUAAUCAAUCUCAUCACUAAAAAUGUAUUUUGUGUCGUGGCUUGUAACUAAUGGGUGGCUGAAAUAAAUCACACUCAAACUGAAAAAAACUAGUCAGACUUUACUGAAACAUCACUGAAUGUUUGCAGAACUGCAAUCCUAUUACCACAGCUAUCCUGAUGUAAUGUGUGUGGUUUUUGUUGGUCACAGGUGCUGGUCCAGACAGAGUGGAAGAGAUCAAGAGACAUUCCUUCUUUUCCACUAUUGACUGGAAUGUAAGUUCGGCUGUUCAGAUGUGUACCAUCUGCCCACUGCUCUGUCCUUGUGUAUUAUACAUGUUGUUUUGUGUGUUUUUAACAUACAUGUUUAGGUUUAUUCCAAUGAGUAUCCCUUUUUCUUGGUAUGCCUGUAGAAAUUAUUCAGGAGAGAGAUCCAUCCCCCCUUUAAACCUGCGAGUGGCAGACCUGAUGACACUGUCUACUUUGACUCGGAAUUCACUGCAAAAACUCCACGAGGUAAAUAAAAGAAUAUUGUUUGGCGCUUUUACAAUACACAGUUUCAUAAUCUGAACAGUGUUAUUGGCGGCAGGUAGCCUAGCGGUUAGAUAGUUGGGCCAGUAACCGAAAGGUCGCUAGUUCGAAUCCCAGAGCCGACAAGAUGAAAAAAAUCAUCUGUGCCCAUUGCUCCAGAGUCGCUGUUGAUAGUGGCAGACCCUGCCCGUGACCCCACUCUCCGAGGGUGUCUCGGGGAGUCAGACAAAUGAUUUCCAAUUCACACAUGCGUAUAAUACACACUCGUACAUGUGUGAAAUAGGACAAAUAAAUGUGUAAGAGCCAUUUUGAUGUAUGUUGUGUCUGUUUGGUCUUCUCACCACUAGAGAGCAGUCUCACUUGGUUUAUGGGUCAGGUGUAUAGGGUCACAGGCAAACAGAUAGUAGGGCUGCAUGGUUUUUACCGCUAUUCAACCCGGAUUACUCGACCACAAACCAUCGUCACCAAGGUAAAUCAUCAAGUUUAAUAUGUCAUCGUAUUAUUUUGUUAAUUAAAUGGGAACAUCGCUCAACAGUAUAUCAAAGUCUGGACAUGACAUCAUUAGCAACAGUUUCCAUCACUCAUGCAUCAAGUGGCGAACUGGAACAUAACAAUAGCCAGAACAAUAAGCACCCACUAUUAUUAUUAUUAUUAUUAUUAAUAAUAAUUGUGUGUGUGUGAAUGAAAAGUAGUGAGCGGAUUGACAUGAGGAUUGUCCCUACAGACUCUCCCGGCUGUCCCCCGAGUGCCAACGCCCACCAGCUUUUCAAAGGCUUCAGCUUCGUGGCCAUCUCGGAGGAGGAGAGUCAACCACCACAGAACAUCAACAUGACCUCAAUACAGGUACCAACACAUACAUUAUGGGGUAUGAUCCCUGCUGUUAUAUGGUUGUGUGUGGAAAUAACAGAACUGGUCGUUAUAUCUGACUCUCUGUCUCUUCAGCAACUCCACAGAAAUGCAGCACAGUUCAGUGAAGCAUACGAUGUGAAGGAGGAUAUCGGUGUUGGCUCUUACUCCAUAUGCAAACGCUGUGUUCAGAAGAGCAACAGUAUGGAGUAUGCUGUGAAGGUGAGCUGUAACACUGUCCUUAAACAUGGUCAAUAUCGCACUCUUGGGCUGCCCAUGUUAGAAUGGUAUGAUUAACGGUUAUUACUGAUGUUAUUAACUCAGAUCAUCAGUAAGGCCAAGAGGGACCCCGCAGAAGAGGUGGAGAUUCUUCUGCGCUACGGACAGCACCCCAACAUCAUCACUCUCAAAGAUGUGAGUCAUUACAUCAGCAGUAUGCUCAUGAAGCAAGCAACACUGUUUUGCUUUUAAGCCACAGUUGAAAGUUACAGCAAGAUGGUUGCUAUUAUUCUAGAUUCACAUGUUUGGUUGUUUCAUUGUUUGGCUAGUAUGUCUAUGUUCUGAGAGAGUUAUGGGCAUAUUUCCUCGGACUAAUUUUGUCUCCAUUUUUUGUGAUUGUGCUGAAUACUCUUCUAUAAUGAGUCAUGUUAUUUGUGAGUAUCUCUCUAGGUGACAGUGUGAGGUUGUGCUCUGUUGACUGUAGGUGUAUGACGAUGGGCGCUCUGUGUACCUGGUGACAGAGCUGAUGAAAGGAGGGGAACUGCUGGAUAAGAUCCUCCGACAGAAGUUCUUCUCUGAGAGGGAGGCCAGUGCAGUUCUCCACACCAUCACAAAAACUGUGGAGUACCUGCAUGGACAGGGGGUAAGCAAUCACCAUCACUAUGAUACAUAAUACUAAUAUAUUAUGCUUUCCAAGUAUGUAUUAUAUUUUUUACCUAGAGCACUUUGGUACUUUCAAUGCACUAUGUGGACCUUUUCCUGUAUGUGACGAUCGACUUAUGAUCUCGUCACAUCAUUUAAAAACAUACCUUAUAUCAAUAACCAGACAUUUGAAACGCUUUAUUGGUUCAUGAGAAUGCACAUAUAUUUAUUGAAUUUAAUGCGUUUACCUAUGUCCUUCGGUGCUGCCGACGUUCGCCUGUAACGAGAGAAAUGCAUGUUAGAGUUUACGUAGACAGUCAUUUGGUUUUGGGUGCGCCAACCAUUUGUUUGUAGUGCUGUGUUACUCAAUCAUAGUGUCCCUUUUCUUAGCAAUAUUAACAUUCAAGUGCACAUACUUUGGUAAUGUAAUCGCUAGGUUAAAGGUAAAGAAUUGUUCGCAAACGUACCUGUUUUUCACGUUAUUGAAGAGGGUUCUGUUAAUUUCCUGUUCAGAGAAUUGAUGGGAAAAUGGGGCUCGUUCGAGCGCAUGGUUUGAGGGUGCGGGUAAUGCGGUAGUAUCUUAUUACGAUAGACGUACAUGUUUUUAUCCCAGGUUAUUGAUGCUUAAAGCAUGGUUGCACCUUUAUUGAAAUGUGUGCUGGUAUAAUUACAUACUCUAUGUUUAUUUGAACAUGUCUGUAUGGUAUAUCAUGUGCUUUAGAUGUUAAUUGACCAGCUACAGUAUGUGUAAGGGUUUCCCAUUGGUCAGUUGCAUCAUGGGUAUUGCUAUAAAAAGCCUGUCCUCUCAUUGUUUGAGGGACAGGACAGAGAACAGUUUGGCAUGCUGCUCGUUUUGUUUGAAGAGCUCUAUUUGAUCCAGUUUAUUAUUUUAAAGAAUGUAAAUACUUGUACAUUUUCACGGCUUUUAUUAUCUUCACUUGCAAAUAAAAAGCCUCACUCUGGGCAAGAAAAAUCCAUUGACUUCGUCAGCCUCCUCACUGUUAAAAUCCUACCGCACACUAUAUAGGAAAUACGAGUUGGCUAUCUAUGAAAUUUGACUCCUUGACUUAGGAUGUCACUGAUGGAAUAUCUGUCCCCCUGCUCAGGUUGUCCACAGAGACCUGAAGCCCAGUAACAUCCUGUAUGUGGAUGAGUCUGGAAACCCAGAGUCGAUCCGGAUCUGUGACUUUGGCUUCGCCAAACAGCUGAGAGCUGAAAACGGGCUCCUGAUGACUCCCUGCUACACGGCCAACUUUGUCGCCCCCGAGGUGUCUCUUCUUCUACAUGUUUCUGUGAUUAGUACCUGCAUCCUCAGCUAAUGUUUGUCUAACUGUAUAACUUGUCCAACGUGUUUUCAAUAUAUUUGUCUAGUAGCUGACACAAUAUUCUUUGCUUUCUGUAUUCUAAUGCAGUGUGCAAUACUUAAUGUUGUUGUUAGGUGCUGAAGAAACAGGGCUAUGAUGCAGCGUGUGAUAUCUGGAGUCUGGGAGUACUGCUCUACACAAUGCUUACUGGGUAUGUGCGCUCUACCAACAGUAAUGCAGGCAAUAGCCAAUGAUGUGCAUACAAAUAUAAUAUUAACACAGAAAUACAAUACAGUACAAGAGGACCAAUAAAGUACUUUCAUAUUUUAUAGGUCCUUUGAAGUAUGUAUUUCUCUUGAUGUUUCAGGUUCACUCCUUUUGCCAAUGGACCAGAGGAUACUCCUGAAGAGGUCCUGGCUCGGAUUGGCAGUGGAAAGUUUUCUCUGAAGGGCGGCUACUGGAACUCUGUCUCAGCAGAGGCCAAGGUAUGUCUGGAACAUCGGCAGCACUGUGCUUCCCAUAGUAUCCAAUUACUCUGUGAUAGUAGUUUCCAAAGUAAAUACUUUUCCUAGCACAAUGUACUUGAGGUUAAUGCACAAACUGAACUUUGGAUUGCUCUCUUUAGGACCUAGUGUCCAAGAUGCUGCAUGUGGACCCCCACCAGAGGCUAACUGCUGCUCAGGUGCUGCGACACUCCUGGAUAGUACACAAGGACCGGUUGCCCAAGUCCCAGCUCAAUAGACAUGAUACUCCUCAUUUGGUCAAGGUAACAAUAAAACUUUAUUCAAUGCACAAAAUUCUCUAUUUUCUGCCACUCUGAAAUAAAUUAUUUGCUGGGUAUUGAUAAAUUAACUCCAAGACUGUUCUCUCUCUCCUCCCACAGGGUGCGAUGGAAGCCACUUACUCUGCUCUGAACAUGCAUGUUCCCCCUGUGCUGGACCCUGUAGGACACUCCUCGUUAGCUCAACGAAGAGGAGUGAAGAAGUUGACCUCCACAGCCCUGUGAUCCACCUGCCACUAGUAUCAAUCUCACCUG